GCUCCAUAUAACGAAGCGCGCUGGUAUCUGGGCCUAUCGAACCUGACAAGAACGUCCACUUGCCUCUUCGCAGUGAACUCUUGAAUCCAAGCAUCUGAAUCGUACUCUCAUCUCCUCCGCCUCACUACCAAACGAUGUAUGCUCUGGACGGCUCCGACGUUAGCCUACACGCCUACCUCCCCCGCUCUCCCCAGUGGAAGAGCAACCCCUCCCGCGACUCGAUCAACCGGCGCAUGCUCGACGACAUCCGCCGCCACUCCGUCCGCGUCCGCCGCGCGCUCCUCGCCGCCGACUACGACGCCUGGUCCGCCGCCGCCAAGGAGCUCGUCUACACCGUCCUGCGCCUAUCGGAGUGGGAGCACGCCUGGGCGGCCGAAGACGGCGCGGUAGACUAUAGCCAGGCCGUCGCGCGCCUCACGCGCAUCCGCGAGGAGUGGAUGAGCCGGGUGUCGGCGAAGAGCUUUACGGACGCGCACACAAGGCUCGGUGGCGGGAGCCAAGCGUCCGAUGCGGAUGGGGAGUCGCAGCGCGCGCGCUCGCCCGUCGCGCAGGAGCAGCGGGUCCGCCAUGCGUCGCACUCGCGCUGGCCGGCGCACGACGACGAUGCGGGAACGCCGUGGGUGGAGCCUCGUCGACACGAACCACGCAAUUCUGACCCGAGAACCACGACAGGCGGAGUCCAGGGGGGAAUGGGCAUUGAACAGGCACCCGCGUCAUUCACGCCACCAUCGCCUCCCCACUCGGCUCGUUCCGCGUCGACCACAUCGCCUGAAUCGUCUUCGGCUACCCCCACAGAUACUGGCGCAGACAAGUCUACCCGACGUCGUGGCCGACAUGCACGGCGCUCGUCGCAAGCUGCCGGGGCGCCUGGGGAGUCGUCGCAGGACACCGCAGCCCUUAUGAACGUCGUUCGCGACCUUACCGAGAGGCUACGAAGUCCUUCCGUAUCAUCACGCUCUUCUUCUGGCGGACCUCCAUUGUCGAACACGCUUCAGGACCUGUCUCGCGUAUUGAACCAGCUGAAUGACGUCUCCGCGCACCAGGGAAGGCCCAAGAGGUCGCGGAAGAGGCACGACAGAGCUGCGAGCCAGCAGUGAUGUAUUACUGCUCCACUACAUUCAUGUAAUGGCCUGCAUGCAUCGAUAGCUCUCGGAAAUAUGUACAUGUAGGGUGGGACCCAUUGCUGAAGGCAGCAGUUAUCCCCAUAUGGGUUCAAUACAAUUGCUUCAGAAGAUGUCG